AUCCGGACUCGCCGCUCAGUGCAUUCCUGCCGCCGAUAUCGCGGGAGCGCAAGCCCAACAUAAUUCUCAUCCUCACGGACGAUCAGGAUGUCGAAUUGGGCUCGCUCAAUUUCAUGCCAAGAACGCUGAGACUCCUACGUGAUGGAGGCGCCGAGUUCCGGCACGCAUACACCACGACGCCCAUGUGCUGCCCGGCCAGGUCCUCCCUCCUCACCGGCAUGUACGUCCACAAUCACAUGGUGUUCACCAACAACGACAACUGCUCCAGCACCAUGUGGCAGUCCACCCACGAGACCAAGUCCUUCGCCACGUACCUCUCCAACGCCGGAUACAGGACGGGAUAUUUCGGUAAAUAUUUGAAUAAGUACAACGGCUCGUACAUACCACCUGGCUGGCGCGAGUGGGGCGGUCUCAUCAUGAAUUCCAAAUACUACAAUUACAGCAUCAACAUGAACGGCCAAAAGAUCAAGCACGGAUUCGAUUAUGCUAAGGAUUACUACCCGGACCUGAUAGCGAACGACUCAAUAGCCUUCCUCAGACAGUCGAAGCAGCAGAAUCAGAGGAAGCCAGUGCUGCUCACAAUGAGCUUCCCAGCUCCUCAUGGUCCAGAGGACUCUGCGCCACAAUACAGCCAUCUAUUCUUCAACGUCACCACGCAUCACACUCCAGCUUAUGACCAUGCACCCAAUCCGGACAAACAGUGGAUUCUGCGAGUGACUCAGCAAAUGGAGCCUGUUCAUCGACGCUUCACGGAUCUCCUGAUGACCAAGCGUCUGCAGACGCUCCAGAGUGUCGAUGUGGCGGUUGAGAGAGUGUACAAUGAACUGAAGAACUUGGGAGAGUUGGACAAUACCUACAUUAUCUACACUUCUGACCACGGAUACCAUUUGGGGCAGUUUGGAUUGAUUAAGGGCAAAAGCUUCCCGUUUGAAUUUGACGUGAGAGUUCCCUUCCUAAUGCGAGGACCAGGGAUUGAGCCGGCCACUGUGGUCGAUGAGAUUGUUCUCAACAUUGAUUUGGCACCAACAUUCCUCGAUAUUGGAGGUGUUUCAACGCCACCUCACAUGGAUGGAAAGAGCUUCCUGCCACUCUUGCUGCACCGGCACAGGAAGGAGAUCAAAGAAAAGUGGCCAGACACAUUCCUCAUUGAAAGCUCCGGACGCAGAGAGACUCCUGAACAACUUGCCGAAGCGAAAGCAGCAAGAAUUGCUGCUGCGGCUGCGAUGAAGAACAGAGGAAGGGAGAUUUCGCUUAAGCCCGGAACCUGGACUACAGAUUCUGUGUUGAAGGGGCAGAAGGAAAUCAUCACGGAUCAUCACAGAGAUUUCCUGGAUUUCGGAUCUCAUGAGUUUGAUGAUGAGGAGGAGGAAGAUGACAUUGAAGAUAAGCUGGAAGAUGAAGAAAUCCUGGCUAGGUUUAUUGACAACGACGAGACUCCACAACAUGAUCAAUUGGAUAACAAUUUGCCCGUUGCGCCGUUCAUAUCGAAAAUAGCUCGAUUGAAUUCUGAAUGCUCAGAUCCAAAUCUGCACAAAGACUGCGUUCCUGGACAAAAGUGGAGGUGCGUCAAUGAGGAUGGCAGAUGGAGGAAACACAAGUGCAAAUUCCAUAUGCAGUGGCAGAAUCACUUGGCGGAAAUGAAUCGCAUCGCAGCGAGUCAGAACAAGAGGAACUGUGCUUGUUUCGUUCCCAAUGGUGUCGUCUAUACGAAAUUGAAGGCCAAUCAUCCGACUAGCAAGGAAUUCCAUCAGACCAGAAAGAGGAGUCCUCAUUUCCAGCGACACAAGAGAUCCAUUGAUGAGCAAUAUGUGGAGAAAGUUCCUGAUGUCAUGAAGAAAUUGAUUAGGAUGUCGCGAAGUGUGUCAGAAAUACAAGAAUCUCUUAGCAAAGCUCCGGAAAGUCACCGGAGAAUUAAGCGUGAUGAGUCUAUAGAUCACAUCAGUUCUGUGAUUGAGGACAUCCAGAAGAAUCUCGACAAGCUUGAGGCGAGUCUCUUGGAAGAGAAUGAAAGCAUACGAGCAAUGAACCAAACUGCCCAGAGUGCGAAGAAAGUGGCUGCAAAGUGCUUCAUAGAGAAUAAUGGGAAGGUGAAUUGCUCGGAUAUCAUUUAUGAGGAUGAGAAGAGCUGGAGGAAGAGUCGAGUGCAGAUUGAUCUGCUGAUUAAGGUGCUGAAGAAGCAGAUUAACGAUCUGAGGGACAUUAAGAAGCAUCUGAAGGAGCACAGACCAUUCAGCGUGAAGGAUUAUGAGGAGUUUGAUCCGAUUUCCGGUGAGGAUGAUUUAAAGUCCUAUGAUUACUCCAAAUUUAACUCCGGGGAGAAAUUCUCAAAGCAUCGCCACAAUAAAUCACACCAUGUGCAUCACAGUUUGGGUCAUGAAUUCCGCCGAAGGCCUCACUUCCGCAAGGAGAAGGUGUCCAAAGAGGUUGAGGAGGACGAGGAGCAGGGUCCUCUGAUAGAUAUGGCUUGGUACACGACGGAGCGCAAUGAAAUCCCUCCGGAGAGCAGUGUGGAUUCCUCCAGUUCGACAGUUCCUCACCUGGAGUCCACAACAAGACAUCACAGACAUCGUGGUCAUCACAGCAGAGGACGAAAUUCCACCAGGAAGCACAAAACGGAGGCGUCUUCAGCUGAGGCUACCUCUACUGUUGGAGGACGCAGGAGAACUACACCAAAGAUUGCAUCAACUACUCAGAGACCUGAAAGCACCACCCAGAGCACUUCGCAGGAUUUCCAUGUGGAUUACGAGGAAGAGAUGAGUCACAUUCCCAUCUUCUAUGUGGGCAGUGAUUCCAGUACAACAGAGAAAACUGACACGACUCCAGAGGAGAGUUCCUCCAGCACCACGACAAUCUCAGACUCGACAUCGACUUUCAGAGAAGAGUCCAUCGUUCCCAGUUCAACAACGACAAAGCCUGAGGGAAAGAUUCAUCGACAUCACCAUAAUCAUCACAGCAAUCGCUCUCACGCUCAAGAGUCCUCGACUUGGGGCAAAAGAGUGGAGGCUGGAAGUGCGGCUGAAUGCUACUGCGAUGACAAUGUUGAGGAAAACGCUCCGGAUGAGAAGGAAAUCGCCCGAGAGACAAGGAGGAAGCUCAAGGAGGAGCGUCAGAGGAAGAAGGAGCGAAAGCGCAACAAGAAGGCUCGGCUGGAGAAGGAGUGUCUCUCCGAGAAGAUGAAUUGCUUCAGUCAUGAUAACGAUCAUUGGCGAACGGCGCCUUUCUGGAAUGAUCAGCCCUUCUGCUUCUGCAUGAAUGCCAACAACAACACCUACUCCUGCUUGAGGACAGUCAAUCCAACGAAGAACAUUCUCUACUGCGAAUUCACCACCGGAGAGAUCACUUACUACAACCUCAGAAUUGAUCCAUUCGAGACGCAGAAUCGAGCGUCGAGUCUCAGUGCGGAGGAGAAAGUUCAGCUGCACGAUACUCUAGAGCGUCUCAAGGGAUGUCGUGGAAAAAGUUGCACUCUCCCAAGGCAACACUCGCCAGCGCUGAGUGAUUCCGGUUUUCAAUCGACGUCUCGGUCAACAAAAAGGAGAGUUUCCCACUCAGGUUUGCCCUCGUUACCGGACUAUGAAGAAGUUGGCCAGAGAAGACGAACCAAAGGACACAACAACAAAAGAAAUGUGAAACGAAGAACCUGGAUUCACCCGGAUUCUCCACACGCAAGAAGUCGCUCAAGGCGUCGCCCGUGGAGCUUUGACGAUCUCUACAAUUGAGCAUCGAGGACAUAACAUUCAUAGCAUCACACGAAUAAAUUCAGAUAAAAGAAAAAAAUACACACACAUACACGCAAAAUAUUGCAUAAUAGAUCGUAUACUAAAAACAUAGAGAAAUCUAUUGAGAGAUAAAUUUCCCUUUUAUCCGUGAUUUUUUAGCAUUAUUUAUUAUGAAUCUUUAGUUAGGCAAUUUACUUUUCAAUUUUUUGAUAUGACUUUGAUUAAUUGCGACUUUGCUGUGGUACUUUUGACAGUUCCAGAAACGCUUAAUCGAAAUUGUACGAAGAAAAAGAAA